GGAAGGACCGGAACUCCGGGUGGGCGGCUUGUUGAUAAUAUGGCGGAAGGCACUGCCCAGGCAUCUCUAGGAGGCAGUAGGGCCCACACCCGGAAGAAGGGUUUGUUUUCGGGCUAGUGCGGCGGCUGAGGCAGACCCGGAAGUCCGGGCCAGUUGCUGAAUGAGGGGAGCCGGGCCCUCCCCGCGACAGUCCCCCCGGGCCCUCCGCCCUGACCCGGGCCCCGCCAUGUCCUUCUUCCGGCGGAAAGCCUGUGAGCAAGAGCCCUGCUCUCUGAUCUGCUGAUCUUGGGUUUGCCAGCCCCUGCGACUGAGUGGAUCAAGAGAAGCCUCUAUCCUGACCCAUGGACUUGUGAAAGGCAAAGAACAAGAAAAGACCUCAGAUGUCAAGUCAGUUAAAGCUUCAAUGUCUGUACAUUCCCCCCAGAAAAGCACUAAAAAUCAUGCCUUGCUGGAGGCUGCAGGACCAAGUCAUGUUGCAAUCAAUGCCAUUUCUGCCAACAUGGACUCCUUCUCAAGCAGCAGAACAGCAACACUUAAGAAGCAGCCAAGCCACAUGGAGGCUGCUCAUUUUGGUGACCUUGGUAGAUCUUGUCUGGACUACCAGACUCAAGAGACCAAAUCAAGUCUCUCAAAGACCCUUGAACAAGUCUUGCAUGACACUGUUGUCCUCCCUUAUUUCAUUCAAUUCAUGGAACUUCGUAGAAUGGAGCAUUUGGUUAAAUUCUGGUUAGAGGCCGAAAGUUUUUACUCUACAACUUGGUCCCGUAUAAGAGCACACAGUCUGAAUACGGUGAAGCAGAGCUCAUUGGCUGAGCCUGUCUCUCCAACUAAAAAGCACGAAACCACAACAUCUUUUGUAACCGAGUCUCUUGACAAGAGAUUGGAGGAUUCUAGCUCAGCCCAGUUGAAUAUGACUCAAUCAGAAAGAAUUGAACUGAAUAAUAGAACUAACAACACUCAGAAUCACUUGCUGCUUUCCCAGGAAUGUGAAGAUGUCCAUCCUCUCCAUCUUGAAAUGACCAAAGGAACUUAUCAAGAUUCCAUGGAAAACCAAGAACCCUCCAGACUUAUAGUAGCCAGUAGAACUAGUCCACUAAAUGAAUUAUCAGGAAAACUAAUGAAAAGUAUUGAACAAGAUGCAGUGAAUACUUUUACCAAAUAUAUCUCUCCAGAUGCUGCUAAACCAAUACCAAUUACAGAAGCAAUGAGAAAUGACAUCAUAGCAAAGAUUUGUGGAGAAGAUGGACAGGUGGAUCCCAACUGUUUCGUCUUGGCACAGUCCAUAGUUUUUGGUGCAAUGGAGCAAGAGCACUUUAGUGAGUUUCUGCGAAGUCACCAUUUCUGUAAAUACCAGAUUGAAGUACUGACCAGUGGAACUGUUUACCUGGCUGACAUUCUUUUCUGUGAGUCAGCCCUCUUUUAUUUUUCUGAGUACAUGGAAAAAGAGGAUGCAGUGAAUAUCUUACAAUUUUGGUUGGCAGCAGACAACUUCCAGUCUCAGCUUGCUGCCAAAAAGGGCCAGUAUGAUGGACAGGAGGCACAGAAUGAUGCCAUGAUUUUAUAUGACAAGUACUUCUCCCUCCAAGCCACACAUCCUCUUGGGUUUGAUGACUCUGUCCGGUUAGAAAUUGAAUCCAAUAUCUGCAGGGAAGGUGGGCCACUCCCUAACUGUUUCACAACUCCAUUAUGUCAGGCCUGGACGACCAUGGAGAAGGUGUUUUUGCCUGGCUUUUUGUCCAGCAAUCUUUAUUAUAAAUAUUUGAAUGAUCUCAUCCAUUCAGUUCGAGGAGAUGAAUUUCCAGGAGGGAAUAUUUCAUCGACUGCUUAUGGCUCUGGUGGCCCUCCUCACGAGUCUCACCCAGGUGGUUCCAACAGUUCAUCUUCUCAGUCCAGUGUGAAAAAAACCAGUGUUAAAAUUCUGAAAAAUUUUGAUGAAGCGAUAAUUGUGGAUGCUGCAAGCCUGGAUCCAGAGUCUUUAUAUCAACGAACAUAUGCAGGGAAAAUGACAUUUGGAAGAGUCAGUGACCUGGGGCAGUUCAUCCGAGAAUCUGAGCCUGAACCAGAUGUAAAGAAAUCAAAAGGAUCCAUGUUCUCACAAGCUAUGAAGAAGUGGGUGCAAGGAAAUACCGAUGAGGCCCAAGAAGAACUAGCUUGGAAGAUUGCUAAAAUGAUAGUCAGUGACGUUAUGCAGCAGGCACAGUAUGAUCAACCAUUAGAGAAAUCUACAAAGCUAUGAUUCAAGACCUGAGAUAAAGCAAAUCUGCUUUUGAAAAAUAAGUGAACUUUUUUCCUUUGGUUGGACUCUUCAACACGGACAACGAGAACAAAGCACUGUAUUUCUUUUCACUGAUACAUCACUGUUGUUCCCAAGGAAGAAUGGCAGACAAUCCAAGACUCCACUGCAAUGCAGAAUAACAUGCAGACAUGUAUGAUGCACAUGAUGUUCACAAAGUGAAAGUCAUAAAGAGACAAAGUGGUAUUGUUUACAUUACUAGAAAAUUAGUAAUUUUCCAAUGGCAAUAACCCAUUUAUAAAAGAGUUUUAGCCUGCUGGGAUAGACAAGGGCCACAUCCUGUAGGAGGCAGAUGAGCAUAAGCUGAUAACUGAUGCACAUUCUUGUAGAGGUAACUGCUCCCUAAUAGCUUCAUAAAGCAGGUUCUGGAGGUGCUUUGCUUUAUCCUCCUAAAACAGAAAGGUGAGUCAGCCCCACUGAGAGCCAGGCAGCUCAGAGUGGCUGUGCGGUGCUAGCAGAUUGUUUUCCUUCCCUGUAAUGGAGUGCGGGUUCAUUGUACAGCCUUCCUCCACAGAGUUUGCAUUAGUUUGGCAGGAAGCUAACACGGGUCAAGUCUCAGUGACACUGUCCUUCCGUUUGGUAGCAGUAUGCAAUUUUCAUGUUUUAUUUGUUCCUGAGAUACAGUGUGCUGAAAACCAGUCUCUCCCCAGGAUAGGCUUCUGCUAACAAAAGGGCAAAUCUAGUUUACUUUGAGCAUUAGGACUUGCUCCUCUGGAAUUUUGCGCUUCGGUUAUCCCCUUAAUACAUGUGGAAAGAAAUAAAUAUUAACGAUCACUCCAGUUUUUCCCUGGUGGUACCACGAACAAAAUGUUUACUCCAGAUUAUAUAACAUUUUUUAAGAAGGAAGGUGGGAAAGCUGGAAAGUUAGCAGUUGAUGGCCUUUUUUUCUGUCUCAAGAUAUUAAGAGACUCACUCACUGCUCUUCUACUUAGUUGGCUUCUAUGUCUGGACCACAGCCGCUCAUCCGGCUGCCCAGUGGCAAGCACACUCCACUAGCCACACCAAUGCUCACGCUUCCUCGUCACCCAUGUCUGUUCGAAGGGAAAGGAAGUUCUCUUAGGUGUUACUGCUUUUGCUCAGACUGCAAAAAAAAAAAAAUAUAUUAUUAUUUUAUAUGUAUAUGUAUGUGUGUUUGUGUGUAUAUAUAAUUAUUAAUCACCUCUGUCCUUGAGAAAGUCUUGAAUGAAUAGAGAAUUUAUUCCACUGCAAUAUUUGAUUGUAUGGAGGCACACUUUUUCACCAACAGAAGAAGCAAAAAGGCUGUGUAUAAGUGUUUGGUACUAUGUACCACCUCUGUUAUUCUUCUAAAGCUGAAGUAUUCAUGUACUUAAACCAUAUUCUAUUUAAUUGUGUUUGAUUUUAAAAUGUGUGUGUGCGUGUGUGUGUGUAUAAAUUUAAAAUGGUGUCAACUUUAUGCUUUCAGGGGCUUUUAAUGGCUCUUCUGCUGAAUAUAUUGAUCCUUUCAAAUAUGUCCAUUUGCUUUACAAAAACUCAGACCAUGAACUAUUAUUUGCCUUAGCCUUGUGUUUGGAGUAUAUAGCAUAAACCCUGAGGUUUUUAUUAGGUGUAUAUGCUGUGAUUAACUCAUUUUGUUUUUUAACAAAAUACUUCCAUCCAUCUUGCAUUGCUUCAAUCUUUAAAUAAUAGAAAAGCAAUAUAAAGAUCAUAGAAUAAAUGUGGUUUUGAGUGACUCUUGCUGCCUCUGCAUGUUUUGGGAUCAUAAUUUCUGUAAGACCCUAGGCUAUUUAAACUAGUGCUUUCAGUUAAGAUGAUUUCUAAUCAUUUCUUUGUAUACAUUUUGUGCUUCUGAGCUAGAGAUGUCAGUAGUUGUAAGCUACUUAUAAAGAGAAUCGUAAGUUUGAAACUCGGUUGCUUUUUUCUUCCCCACCUACUAUGGGACACAGAAGCAGAGUAUGCCCGGAAAUUAUUAGCCAAAAUCUCAAGUAGAUUCUUGUACUCAUUUUAAAAUUGGAUUUGGAUUCAUCUGACAUUGAGCACCUCCUGUGUUUAGGCUCUAUGCGUUUGCCCACAAAACGUUUCCCUGGCAGUGUUUUUAUCAGUUUAAGGAAUCAGUUGAACCCCUUCCUCUGAAAGUCUUUGUCUUUAUCAUGUCUCUGACAUUAGCACAAAUCAUUUUUUUUUUGAUGCUAGUAAGAAAGAUACCUUUGUAACUUGAUAUGUUUUCACUCCUAUAAGAUUUGAUGAAAGUAAGAAAGCAAAUGUCAACAAAAUCAGUGAAGAGCAGUAAAACAGGGAGCAGCUUUUUCUAACUGCUUGGGUUCAGUAGAACCUCAAGAAAUGUAAACAGCUGGUAGUACUGGAGCUUUGACUGGUUUAGUAGGCAUUUGGAAGAGGUCACUCUGAGUUACAGAAAAUUACAAACUUUUUUGCUGUUGUAUUCAAGUAUUUAUAGCUAAGUACCGAUGAGGUGGUUGGCCACUCUCUAAUCACACUGUUUGGGUUACCUUCCUUGACUCACAAUGACACCGUCCUUCAGAAACACCUCACUUGUACAAGAGUGGGGGCCAUGUUUGUACACAUUGACUUUUCCCUUCUCACUGCCCUCCCCCGUCCCCAAGCAGAUCCUUUUUAUCUUAAGAAUUUGGCAUGAGAGAUACUGGUCACCAUCUAGGAUGGUAGCUUGGAUGGGUCACUUAAAAAGUCAAGACCUGUGACUGGCAUUGGCAUUGUCCAUAGACAAGCAGAGAGGGUUAGAAGUAAAAAUAGAGAACACAGGAGCUUCUGGCCCUGAGAACAGCUGCCCUAAGAACCUGUUCCUCAGGCACUGAGCCCUGGUCUCUGAAUUUAGUCCUGCAUUCUUGCCUUGGGCUCCAUUAAUCCCUUAGGCAUCCUUAGAAUGAAUUUUUUUUGUUGUUUUAACCAGCCUCAGAUGAGUUUUUAUUACAUGUAGCUAAAAGGACCUUGACUAAAAUGCUGCCAGACUACUCCAGUUACUAAUGAUCAUGUGCUGUCAGCAUGCUUGCAACUUAAAUAAACCACUGGAUUCUAGAGAGUUUUUCUUUAGUAAACUGUCCUUGGUCAUUUUGUGUUUUCUCUCAAAAUGAAAUCCUGAUCUAAUGGAACCAAAAGGCACUCCCACAUUUUUACAGUGAGGAGUUACUGAGGCCUGGACAGGGGUAGGUCCUUGGCCUGUUGUGGCAUGGUCACCAUUUAGAGCUUCUGGUCAGCACCUUUCCAUGCUUCCCAGCAUCCUUCCAAGGAUCCCCACUAUUAGCAGCUAUAGUUAACCCAGAAAUAGAGGGCAUUUCUGUUCAUGAGAAACUGAAUAGACUUAAAAUUAGGGAGAGGGGAGAGUAUAAAUAUUACAAAAUUUGCAGAUGGUGGAUACUUCUAUGCACGAGGCAAGGUCUCUGGCCUUUGGCUGAAGCCAUAAAGUAGGAGUAAAUGCCAGUAAAACUCUUCAAGGUUACAGUUAAACUCCAUGAGACCCACAGAGGAUCACUGUGGGCACUUGGGGCCGGGGGGUGGGCGAAGCUCUCCCUGCUUGGGCAGGAACAAGACAGGCUCAGAGUAGGAAGGGUGGCCCUAAAGCUGGGCCUGAAGGCAGACCUGGAUGUUAAAAAUAGCAGGAAAGGACAAUGGUGGAACCAGUGUGCCCCAAGGCCCUGAGCCCAUGCAUGUUGAGGGUAGAAAAGUUGGGGCUUCUCACCUGUACCACGGGAUGGUUAGUAUUCUCCCUUAGAAAUUCAUGCAAACAAGUAUUUUCUCAGUAUGUUCCUUUCAGACAGACUACUCUGACACAUUCAGAGUGUCACAAAACUCACCGGGAAUCAUUAAGCCUCUUGCAUAAGGGUGGGAGUGCAGCCACCACUCCUUGGCACCCCUGAGGCACCUGAAGGAGUGGCCCCCUUAGUGUACCCUGAGUAGUACUCCUGAGCACAGGCCCUGGGCGGUGGGGAAGGUACCUAGAAAGAGCGAGCCUUAGGUUCCACUUGAAGAGAGCUAGGAUUUGCUAAUGAGGAAGUAAGAGAAGGGGAUUAUUAUGAUGGUGGCAUUUCCCCCAGUUUCAGGUAUCCAAGACCCUGUCCUGGAGGUGCCUUCAGGCUCACCCUAAAUCAUCCCAAGCUGGCCUCUGCCUGAGUCACAGUAAGAGUCCCACAUACCAUAGGCCUUGCAAAAGAACUCUAGCUGAAAGAAGCACCUGCAAGGACUUGGGCCUUCAGACCAAAUAUAACUCUAAGCGGUGGGUCCCAGCCUUACAGGCUCACCCAAGUCCAACAGACUCCACCUAGACCUUAGUCGUCCUUGUCUUUCUUGGUAAGUAGCAGCCUUUUCCUUCUAGUAACAGAACUAGUGGUUUAGCAAACGUUUGUCCAUUCAAACAUUUUAAGGCCUGCUAAGCAUCUUUUUUUUUAAGCAUCAGGUUCGGUACAGGGAUCCAGGAAGAAAUAAAAUUUCCCUGACCCUUGGAUGAUUCAUUUUACUGAGGAAAUGUAAGUUGGAAGUUCCACCUAAAAUGUGUGCCAGGUUUUUGGCUCAAGAUGGCAUUUUGAGCUCAUGAUUUAACUCCCUUUCCUACUGGAAAUCUUCAAGCUUUCGUACUGGACCAUAGAGGGAGUUGGGGCUUAAAGGGAGAAGGAGAGGCUCGGAAGGAGUUUGCUCCUCAUGUCUUCUUACUCCCACCCUUCAUGAACACCCCUGCCUUCCAGAAUCCCUCAAGGACCCGUUGCUGUGCCAUUCCAUUUACUUGCUGUAGGACCAGAGAUUUUGCAGUUACUUGUGUGUUGAGCACCUGUUUGACAAAAAGGUCAGCACCUUCAUGUCUGAGACCAUCGAGGCAAGUCUCUAAAUGGGGUAAAGCUUAGAAGAGUCCAUAGGAUCAGUCUCAGACCCAUGAGGCCCUCUGCAGAACUUUGAGAAAUGUGAAUUCUUAGAAACUAGAAACAGAUUAAAGGUAUUAACAUGCAUGUGAUAUAAAAUCACUAUGUUGGAAAAACCUAAUCCCAUGAGCUAAUCAACUCCUCCUGAGUUAUACUGUAAUAAUAAUAAUAACGAGCAAAAUUGAGUAUUUCUAUGUAACAGGCACUAUCUCUUGAUCCUUAUGACAGUUGUGUAAGGUAAUUACUUUUCUCUUCUCAUAAAUGAGAAGUCUGGAGGCUUAAGGGGUAAGGGAAUUUCUCCAGGGUCUCAAAGCCAGGCAUCAAGACCAGGCAAUGCGACUGCCUUCUAAUGUUCUAUCCUGCAAAUACUCAUUCCUUCCCUCGUUGGCAGCUUACCGUUACUCAUGCCGACUAGUAUAGCAGAUACCGAGAGUUUAAGAAAAAUUUAGGGAGGUGGCAGCGUGUGGGAAUUUUUAAAAUGGAAAACAUUCCUUGCUUCCAUGAUAAACUUCAACUGGUUCUUAAAGUUUAUCAUGCAUCGCAAUACUCUAGAGGACUUGUUAAAACAUAGAUUGCUGGUCCUCACCCCUAGAGUUUCUGAUUUAGUAGGUCUGGAGUAGGUCCUGUACAAUUUGCGUUUUUACCAGAUUCCCAAGUGAUAUUAAUGGUGCUGCACUGGAUCUAACACUUUUGAGAAUCACUGCCUCAAAAUCUUUUCUGUAAAUUGGGAGAUGGAUAUUUUCAUGCCCUUUUAUUUCUAUGUAGCCCAUGCUGUACAGAAAUAUAAUCGAGGCCUAUUUAUGAUUUACUCAAACAAGCCCAUGAAUCCUAUAUUAGUAUUAAGGUGUUUAUCAAAGCCGAGAACACCCAAACAACACCCCACUGUCUCAGUCAGUGGUCUGAGACCAUCAAGGCAAGUCUGUCUCCAAAUGGGGUAAGGCUUAAAAGAGGUCACAGGAUUAAUCUCAGUCCCGUGGUCUUUAGCUCCCCAGCCGCCAGUGCCUUUGCUGGGGAUAGUGCACCUGACAUUCCUCCAGGUCUGAGACUUUGGGCUGUUGGGAUCAUACUCAAGGUCCUGGUGGAACCUUUUGCACAUAUCCUGUCUGGCCCAUUUCCUUCCAGUUUGUCCCCCGUGUGUUUGAGGCCAUCUGCCCUCAGAGGUCCUGACCAUCCCUUUCCUGACCUGUCCCUUGCUGACCUCCUUUUCAAAUCCCUCCCACAGGACACUGGCACCUCAUUGCUCCUUUUUUUCCCACUUCCUUUAGCCUCUCCUCCCUCUCCUGUAUUUCUUCCUGCACAUAUUUCCUCAGGGCCUGUUAGAUGCCUGUUCUGUUUUUGCUAGUUGGAGUCAGCUCUGAGCAUAGUGACCCCAUUUGUCACAGAAAGGAACGUUGCGCACCAUCUUCACAAUUGAUGAUAUGUUUCAGUCUGUUGUUGCAAACAGAUUGCCUGCCUUCCUUGCAGCUUAGAAAAGAGCUAAUGAAAAUUCAGUGUUAUGAGAGAGUAAAGAACUUGUGGGGCAGAUGAGGUGCCCCCCCCCCACCCACCUUUGCGAUGCACAAAAAUUCCCUGGCCAUCUCAGUCUUUACCCAGGACACGCCCUGUUCUGCAUGUACCUCUUCCCUCAGAUACGAUAUCUUCACAGUGCUGGCGUGCAGGUCAUUCCCCUGCUCACCCCCACACAUACACAGACUGUGGGCAAGGGCUUCAUAUGAGCAUAUCCGAGCCCCCACUCCUGAUCAAUGCUGUUUCCAUAUCGUUGCUCCAAGUCCUCCAUUAAAACCCUUGCUACCUGGGGGGACUGUCAUCUCAGCCAUCUGUCCGACUCAGGACACCGCUGGCUGCCUUUCCCCAAGUCUUUAAUACACAACUCCCAGCUUUCUUCUCUCCUUCAUUCCCACCCCAGGGAACUUCACUGCCCAUGAUGACGAUCAGCCCAACCACCUGGCUUAGGAUGCUGAGGCCUUUCUUGUCCUGAGAAUGGUAUCCUGCACCCACAAUCAAACUUAUCAUCCCCUGUAACUGCCCUGCCUCUGGCUUCUUUCACAUUUCAGCCCAAACAACCUCAAAUAAUGCAAGUUUUGUAGGUUAUAGAUUUCUUCUAUUGGAAUGGGUUAAAAGAGGAAAGAAAAUUAGUAAUUAUUCCAGGGGGUAUUUCCUCACUAUAUCAAGAGUUAGGUUUUGUAAACUAGCCUCUCGAAGAGCAAUUUCAAAAGCAAUAAGUAAGUAGCUUUGCUGUAAGGAUCACAAACAUACACCUGCAUGAUCAGUUGAGGGAGUGGAGCAGUCCCAAACUGGUUACUUAGGGUCACACUUUCCAAUCAGAGUAUCGGAUAUUUUUAAAGUGCUGCAUCAAACAACUUAGAUGCAAGUGAAGGAGACAUGCUUCAGGAGAUUGUGGCUCUGAUGUAAUGAAGACGUUGAUUCAUGUCCAAGAUGCACGUAGAGAGUUUCAAUAAAAUUGUUACUUGAAAUGUAAGAAUGGAAAAAGCAAUAUUUUAUAUUAAUGUAUUAUUAUAUAUGUUAUUUUAAAUAUGCAUGUGUAACUAAAUAAAUUAGAUACUAUAAGUAGACCCCUGACUACUUCAUCAACAUUCUUAAAAGUUUAAAUGCUCAGAUUGAUACUGUAAUUUUUUUUUCCCCUUUAAGAGCUACAGCUGCUAACCAAAUGGUUGGCAAUUUGAAUCCACCAGGUGCUUCUUGGAAACCCUGUGGGGCAAUUUUAGUCUGUCCUAUAGAGUCACUGUGAGUUGGAAUUGAUUUGACGGCGCUGGGUUUGAUUUGUUUGUUUGUUUUGUUUUGUUUUUAGGACAGUAGGGAUUUGCCUUACAUACAGGAUCACCUGUAUCUUUAAUGAACUCCCUUUUGGCCACUGGAUAAAGUCCAAGUUCUUUAUUUAGCACUUAAGGCCCUGACUGGUCAGCCUCCUAGAUCUUGGAACACUAGACAUUGAACUACACCUCUGCCCACUCUUUCCGCAGUGGACUUUUACAUCUCAGAGCUGGUGCCUUUGUUUGAGCAAUCACUACACCCUAGAAUGUCCUCCCCAUCACUCUGCCUAAAGAAGUCCUUCUCACCUUUGAAGGCUGGCGCACUCCCUCUAGUACCUUCUCCUCUGAGCCUCCCUGGUUUUCAGUUUGGGUGAGUCCCUCCUGAGCAUGUCCUCACACAGCUUCCAGUUUGGUGUCAUAGAGGGUAUCCUCUGAGUCUAUUUAUCUCACCAGAUUGCAGGUGAGCUCUUCUCAGGAAGCAUGGCCCAGGAAAUGCUAUUUAAAAAAAAAAAAAAAAAUUGCUUAUAAUGAACCUGACCUAGCUAAUGGCCAUCCUGGGCCCAUCUGCCCAGGAUCAGAACAAGUCCUUCUAGGCCUUAGGGGCAAAAGGAGACCCUACCUGCUCCUAGCAAAAGGGUAAUAUUGAGGUGUCCCUCGUAUGUGCUAGUCCAGCAGUUUACAAGGUGUGAUCUGCAGGUGCCUGAGUGUCCUCGAGGCCCCCUCAGGAGAUCCAUGAGUUCAAAACUGUUUUCAUAACACUAAGAUGUCAGUUGCCUUUUUUGCUGUGUCAGUAUUUGCACUGAUGGUGCAAAAACAGUGGUGGGUGAAAAUGCUGUCAUCUUAGCAAGAAUCAAAAGAGUGACACCAAAUUGUACUAAUAGUCACUAUAGUCCACCACUAUGUAUUCAGUGUCAAAAAAAAAAAAAAAAUCCUUGGUCAAGCUGUAAUAUUUAUUAAAUGGCAAUCUUUGAAUGUUUUAUGUUGUGUAUAACAAAAUGGGAAGUACUCUUAAGGCACUUCUGUGCAGACUGAGACAUGAUGAUUGUAUUGAGGAAAGGCACUUGUGCAAUUGUUUGAGUUGUAAGAACUAUCCACUGGUUUUAUGGAAUGCCAUUUUACUUGAAAGAACAACCAACAAAUUAGUUAUUAGACUUGAGUACAGUAUUGGAAAGAAAUUUUCCUGAAAUUGAAUAAAAUGAGCCUAUUAUGUCAAGAAAAAAAAA